AACAAAAUUCUAGCCCAAGCUGGCGACGCUCCGCGACAGGUGAUUCUUUCUUUCGCACCCGGGUGAGAUGGCCGACGUUCCAUCCCGGCGGCGGCGGGGGACACUCGACGAUCCGCUGCACCCCUCCCCAACUGCCAAGUCCUACCCGUCGUGGCUCCAUGGAUCACUCCCCUCCUCCUGCCCUGAGCAAAGGAGGGAUUGGGCGAAUCUCUCUGACGGGCCUAUGGGGAUUAUCGCCGAGCGUGUCCUCGCCUACGACAUCGCCGACUUCCUCCGCUUCCGUGCCGUGUGCCGUCCGUGGCGGCGAAUCUCCAUGGACCCACGCGCGCACGGCGGCCUAGACCGCCGGUUCCAUCCCCGUCGGUGGGUCCUGCUCCGAGAACGGCUCGCCACGCCCAACCGCAGGCGCUUCCUAAAUUCCUCCACCGGCGAGUGCAUCCACGUGGACAUCCCUGAGCUCCGUGAGCACGAGGUGCUCGCCCUCACCCCCGAGGGCCUACUCGUGUUGCUCCAUAACCAAUAUCACGUCCGCCUGCUCAACCCGCUCACCAGCCAACUCAUGCAGCUCCCGCCGAUCACCAUGCUGCUGCCUUCUGAGGACCACCACAGGCUUUCAGAUCGCUACAAUUUCGGGACCAACUUCGCAGCGUGGGGCUCCGGCAUUGCAGACGAUGAUUCAACAGUGGUGCUCUGCUUCUACCGGCUCCGCAUGCUUGGCGUUGCCAAGCCUGGCGACGACCGCUGGACGCUGCUCAAGUUCCCUGACCCACUAAGGACGGUACCUCUGAUGUUCUCCGGCCGCUUCUAUUGUGUUAACCUAAAUGGUGUCAUGGUCCUCAGGAUGAGUCCACCACGGCUCGAGGUGGCUGCCAAGCUGCAUAUACAGGUGUCCCGAGAAGGCUAUAGCGCCCACCUCGUGGACAAUGGCGGGGAGCUGAUGUUGGUUCACCGCAGGCGCUGGCACAGGUGGAGUUACGAUGUGUAUCGGGUGGAUUUGGCAACUGGGGAUCUAGUUGCAGUUAAUAGUCUCGGGCGAGAGCGUGCAUUGUUCAUGGGCAUGUAUUGCUCUCUCUCGGUCCCCAUAGAGAUUUUCCCCUCUGGCUCCAUGAGUGGUGACACUAUCUACUUGAGCUUUGACGCUGGUGAGAGGGAUGAUUUUGAGGCUUACCACCUCACAGACAGAAGCAUCACACCUCAUGACGGUUACAAUCUUCGUGAAUCGGUAAUGCUGCCACACACUAUUGUGGACUGCCUCGCCUUGUGCAUUACUGUGGGAUAUGAAGAACACACCAUUGGAUACGGAGAAGACUUGGAUGAUUUUUAAUAACAGAGGAAGAAGCACACAACAGCUGAACAUGAGUUGGAAUAUGAUUGGAAAGGAAUCAGGAUGUUUAUUUAGGAGAGAGUCUUUUAUAUACAUGUUAAGAACGAGUCUGCUCAGUAUAAUUUGCAGUGGUCAACGUUGAGUAUGGUUCCAACUUGCAGUAGUAUUUCUCUAUGACACUACUUCAUGCACGAGUUUUUGUUUCUUUUUUUCCUUUUUUUUGCGAAUGCUUCAUGCAUGAGUUGCAUACUACAUAUUUUCUCCUAGCUCCACAUGUAAUGACUGAAAAAAGUUACGAAUGGAACAAUA